AUGCGCGGAUUGACAUGUGUCAUUAAUCUGCUAUCUUCUCUCACUCACUCUCUUUCACGUUCUCUCGCUCUCUCACUCACUCACUCACCUCCUCACACGCUCAAUCUCACAUACGCGCGCACACUCACACGCACACUGUUUCUAUUGUCUAUUUAUCUCAGGCAUUUUUAUCUAUCUAUCUAUCUAUCUAUCUAUCUAUCUAUCUAUCCCAGCUUGUUCAUAUCUAUCUAUCUAUCUAUCUAUCUAUCUAUCUAUGUCAGUCUGUUCGUUGUCUAUCUCAGUCUGUUCAUAUCUAUCUAUCUAUCUAUCUAUCUAUCUAUCUAUCUAUCUAUCUAUCUAUCUAUCUAUCUAUCUAUCUAUCUAUCUAUCUAUCUAUCUAUCUAUCUAUCUAUCUAUCUCAGUCUGUUCGUUUCAAUCCAUCUAUAUAGAGUCUGUUCAUAUCUAUCUAUCUAUCUAUCUAUCUAUCUAUCUAUCUAUCUAUCUAUCUAUCUAUCUAUCUAUCUAUCUAUCUCAGUCUCUUCAUUAUCUAUCUAUUUCAGUUUAUUCAUUAUCUAUCUAUCUCAGUAUAUACAUCAAAUAUCUAUAUAUCCAUCUCAAUGUUUUCCUUAUCUCAAUGCGCAUCUAUCUAUCUAUCUAUCUAUCUAUCUAUCUAUCUAUCUAUCUAUCUAUCUAUCUAACACAGCCUGUUCAAUAUCUAUCUAUCUAUCUAUCUAUCUAUCUAUCUAUCUAUCUAUCUAUCUAUCUAUCUAUCUAUCUAUCUCAGCGUGUUCAUAUUUAUCUAUCUGUUUUAUGUGUUUCUCUGUGUUUGUUUGUCUGUCUCACAGUUAUCGCAAUUUCUCCAUACCUAUAUUUCUUAUCCUUUUCAUAUGA